AUGUCUUCCAUCGAUAGUGAAAUCCAUACUCUUCAUGAUCUUCCGCUCGGAAAAAUCACUGUAUCCGGACUGUCAGGGGAAUUCAUUGUAAUCGGUAAAAGAAAGUACUACCGGGAUGAAUUGGUGUCAGCCUUUGGAGGAAGCUUGGUCCCCGGUCUUUCUCCUCCUCCCGCCUACGACUUUGCCAAUCCGGUCCCCUUGGGCUUGUGUGCCUUUUCAUUUACGACCUUCGUGUUAUCCAUGUAUAAUGCAGGAGCCAACGGUGUCCAUGUUCUGAAUGCCGUCGUUGGUGCUUCAUGUUUCUACGGAGGUGCAAUCCAAUUACUCGCUGGCGUGUGGGAUCUCAUUCUAGGCAAUACUUUUGGAGGAACUGCUUUAUGUUCAUACGGAGGGUUCUGGUUGUCCUUCUCUGCCAUCAACCUUGAAAGUUUUGGUAUAAUUGCUGCUUACGGUGACGAUACCGUCCAGUUGGAAAAUGCGUUGGGAUUCUACUUUAUUGGCUGGACCUUAUUUACGUUCAUGUUGGUAAUGUGUACUGUGAAGUCCACGUUGGCAUUUUUCUCGUUGUUUUUCCUGUUGUUUGUGACGUUUUUGCUCUUGUCUAUUGGGAAGCUUACGGGAAGUGCUGGGUGCAUCACAGGGGCCGGGGUUGUGGGGGUUAUCUGUUCAUUUAUUGGGUGGUACAAUGCAUUUCUUGGGGUUGCAAACCCACAGAACUCGUACGUGAGGCCCCGGGUGGUGCCAUUACCUUGGAGACUUAAGUAG